AUGUCCCAACAACCACCUUCUUCUUCACCUCGUCCUCAUCAUCAUCAACACCCACAACUCACCGAUACAGUCCUCAUGGUGAGACCUGUGGAUUUUGCUUUUAAUGAACAAACUGCUGUAGAUAAUGAAUUUCAGAACAGAAUUGAGGAUAAAUCGGCUUCUCAAAUUCGAGAUGAUGCUCUCUCUGAAUUUGAACAGAGCGUGAAGAAUUUGCGAGAGGCCGGUGUUCAAGUUUUGGUUUUGGAGGCUCCUAAAAGUCCACUCUCUACCAAAGUUCCUGAUGCUGUUUUCCCAAACAACUGGUUCUCAACCUGUGAUGACGGAACAGUGUUUACCUAUCCCAUGUUCACACAGAAUCGAAGAGCUGAAGUUGAACGUUUGAAUGAUGUCUUGGAAUUGUUGAAAGGAGCCAAUCUCACUGUUUCUCGUGUUAUUGAAAUGCACAACGAACCAUCAUCGAUGGCUUUGGAAGGUACCGGUUGUAUGGUCUUUGAUCAUUUGAAUGGUGUUGUGUAUGCCAAUUUGUCAGAGAGAUGUCAUGCCAAACAAUUAGAAAAGUUUAUUCAACACACUAACGGGGCUAAAACCGAGUUGGUGACAUUCAGAACCAAGAGCUCGAAUGGAAAGGAGUUCUAUCAUACAAACGUCAUGCUCAGUAUUGGCGAAGAUUUUGCCAUUGUUUGCUCAGCAGUCAUUGUUGAAGAGGACAGAGAGAAAGUAAUGUCAGCAUUGAGAAAAUCAAGAAAAACCGUGAUUGAUUUGACCAUUGAGCAAACUGAAAAGUUCAUGUGUGCCAAUGUCCUGCAAUUGUGCACAAAGACUGGAGGAAAAGUUAUUGUCAUGUCUGAUUCUGCAUACAACGGAUUUACUGAAGACCAACGAAACAUGUUAGAAAAGGAACACGGAAAGAUCGUAGUAUUCCCAAUUAGCAAAACUAUUGAAAAGAUUGGUGGUGGUAGUGCACGAUGCAUGGUUGCAGAGGUUUUCAACCCUUCUCAGACCGAUGUCAAAUAA